GCUAUAUUUUUUAUACUAUUUACAAGUGAUUAUAGUACUUUAACAUGUUUGUUUUUAAUUUUUAAACAGUUCAAGUUUGUUGAUAUUUUAUUAUUGUUACGACGCAAACAUGGAGAAGGCCUUAAUUUUUUCUCCACCUCAAAGAAAACCUGUUAAGAAGCAAACCGUUAUAGAGGAGCCUUUGGAUAUUGUAGUCCUAGCUCCUUUCACAAAAACUCCUCGAUUAAUGCUUCAAGAUGUUAUGAUCGGUUGUACAUCAACAACAUCACUUAUAAUUAAAAAUCCUACAUCUUGUGAAGUUCAGGUUUGGGUCAAUCCUCCAAAAAUGGAAUUAGUUUUGUCAUGGGAAACUAUUAUCAUUAAAGCUAGUUCAGAAGAAGUACUUUCAAUAUCAUGGACACCAGAAAAAGCCUUUUCAGGAUGCUCUGUGAUAAAAAUUCAAGCAGAUAAUGGAAUGAAGAAAGACAUAUCGAUUAUUCUUAAAUCUAUACAACCUAUUGUGAAGAAGAAGGCAAACAAUACUCUUAAGGGAGGUGUUAAAAAACCCUUAGUAUGUGCACAACAAAGUAGCAAAUUUCGAAAAGUUAUUCAAGCUACCCAGAAGACAAUACGCACAGAAAUAACAACAGCAUUAUCUAAAACCAUACCUACAAUAAGCUAUUGUAAAAUUCAAAAUCCAGUUAAAACUGGGGAAAAAUUUUAUCAACAAAAAGAUCUUAAUAAUAAGGAAAAUAUCACUAAUAAUAUUGAUCAUUCUAGGCAUCUUAAUUUUUGUGAGAUUUUAGAUUCAAGUGAAUUUUCAUUAUCACGCAUGUCUCCUGUGUCUAGAAUUAAUAUAUCGUCGACACCAAAUACUGAGAAUUAUAAGUUUAAUGAUAAAUUUAAUAAAAGUGCAAAUGAACUUACGCCAUUACUAAAUAGAAGUUUGCCAUUGAACUCAUUAAAUGUUAGUGGAAUAAGUUUAAGCAACAGUAAAAAUAAAAAGCAAGUCUCUGCAAUUCAUGACAGCUCUCUUGAGAGCAAAAUUAACAGCCUAUGCUUCACGCCUAUUCAUUCUAGUAGUAUGAUAAGAAAGAAACCUUUUGAAGAAAAAAAAGUUGAUAACACAUACACAGUUCAAUAUAAUAAUGGUUUUGUAAAAGAUUUACAAUCCUCAAGGAUGAGCUCACCGAUAAAUUUAUCUUCUGAUAGUAUUUCUAAAGAGACAACUGAUGGUGCACCUAAAAACUCAACAUAUCAAUUGAAUAUUAGUUCCGGUACUUAUAAAAUAUGUACAUCACCAGAAAUUCAUGAUGACAUUGCGGCAAUUGAUGAUUACUUAGUUAAUAGAAAAAGAAGAUUGUUGGAAAAUGCGAAGAAGAAUGUUACACAGAAGAGCGCAAAAGUAAAAAUUACUUACACAGAAGCCAGUUCUCAUAAUAUUAUUAGAGAUGUUGAUUUUCCUAAUGAUAAAACCGUCGAUCCAUUUAUUUUCAGUACAAUGUUUUAUGAUGAACAAUAUUUUGAGCAGCAAGAAUUGCAUAUUCUAAAGUGGUUAAAUGCAUUGCUCCAACCACCUUCUGACCUGCAAUGCCAAGUCGAAGGGAAAGUAAACUUAGGUAAAAUCUGGAAUGAUGUGAAAAAUAAGCCAUUGAUGCUGCCACAAACAAAAGAAACUGUUUCACAUAAACUGCACGUGAGUCAUAGAUUGCAAAGCUUAAGAGCUGCUGCUAAAAAAUUAUUGAAACAACCUGAUUUAAUUAUUAUAUUAACAAAAUGCACGAAUCUUGUAGAAAAUGAAGUUUUGUCUAUAAGAGCAGACAAACAGUUACAUCUAGAUGUCUCAUUGCAGAAAUAUGUGAUGGAAUUAUUCUUUUGUUACAACCCGCUUUGGUUGAGAAUCGGUUUGGAAACUGUUUUCAAUGAACCUAUUAAUAUAUCCUCCAACUCUGAUAUUCAUGGUCUUAGCAUUUUCAUUUAUAAUAGAUUAUUCAAAGGACAGAAUGUUAAUGGCAAACAAAGCAAUAUUUUUAAACAAGAGUUCAUACACAAAUUGAAAAAAUUUGUUUUGAAAAAGUUUUUAAUGUUUGUUUUGUUUUUGGAUAAUGCAAAGAAGGUUAAAUUAAUAGCUCAUGAUCCUUGCUUAUUUGCGAAGACAGCACCUUUUAAAGAAAGCCGGGAAAUAUUGAUUAAUUUUGCUAAGGAAUUGGUUGCAGGAAUUGGUGAUAUCACAAGACCUCUGAAAACCAUAGGCUAUAUAGUAACCCAUAAACAGUCUUAUGUUGAUGAAUUUGACUUUGCUGUAAAAAAUUUGGCUGUAGAUAUAAGGGAUGGCAUUCGUUUGGCUAAAAUUAUGGAAAUAAUUCUCUUGAGAAAGGACCUGGUGUGCAACCUCAGAGCACCACCAAUAUCAAGACUUCAAAAAAUUUUUAAUGUCAGUAUUUCAUUCAAAGCUUUAGAGGAAAUAGGAUUUGUUUUAUUUGGUGGAAUAACACCUAGGGAUAUAACAGAUGGAUACAAGGAGAAAACUUUGUCCUUGUUUUGGCAACUUAUUUAUAAGUUUCAAGCACCUUUAUUUGUUAAAGCUUCAACAGCUAUACAAAUAUGGUGGCGAUCAGAGCGAAUUAUCAUUAAGAGAAGAGAACUUCAGCAUAAAAGACUUCUCAAAGAAAUUAGUGCUACUUUUAUUCAGAGUGCUUGGAGAGGAUACAAAGCCAGAGUGCAAUGUAAAAUUUUGCGUUUUAAAGUCCACAGGGCGACUAGAAUCAUUAAAAAUGCUUGGAGUGCCUAUAGAGAAAAACAAGCUAAUGAAUUAUAUCAACAAAAUAAAGCAGCUUUGAAAAUUCAAAAAGCAUAUAAAUCUUAUAGGUUUUUGAAAUGUCUUAGAGCUUAUAUUAAAACAUACACACAUUCCAUAAUCUUGAUUCAACGACAUGUAAAAUCUGUUUUGCUUACCAGGCAGCUACAAAAUAACUAUUUAAAAUUACGAAAUGCAGCUGUUUUUGUCCAAAGACAUUAUCGUUCCAAACUAGCAAUGCGAGUUGAAUUUGAAAAAUUUGAGACAUUAAAGAAAUAUUCAAUUUUUGUGCAAAGGCAUUAUAGAAAUAAAAUUUGUACAAGACAGAUUAGAAAUAAUUAUCUGACUUUGAAAAAAGCAGCAGUUUUAAUUCAGCAACGAUAUAGAGCACAAAAAGCCAUGCUUUAUGAACAAGAAAAGUAUCAGUUACUCCGAAAAUCAACCAUUGUAAUUCAAAAAAGGUACAGAGCAAACAAAUUAAUGAAAGAAACUCAAGCUGCUUAUAUCAAACUUAAAUUGGCAACUAUAUUAAUACAACAAAAAUUCAGGGCAAAAUUAGCAAUGGUGACUGAAAGAAACUACUUUGUAAAAUUACAACUCACUGUAAUAUUAGUACAAAGAAAAUACAGAGCACAAAAAAUGAUGCAAUCAAUGCGAAAUCAAUUUAUUGCAAUCAAACGAUCCACCUUAGUUAUUCAAAAAUAUUAUAGAGCACGAAGGUCUAUGCGAACAGCGCGUUUAAAUUAUCUAAACCUAAGAAAAACUGUAAUAUUGUGUCAAAGAACAUUCAGAGCAAAGUUAGACAUGAGGAAAGCUUUAAAUAAUUAUCAUUCAAUAAGAACAUCAAUAAUAACCAUUCAAAGGAGAUACAGAGCUUUUAAAUUAAUGCAAAAAGUAAGAAAUGAAUAUUUGUCAUUAAGAGAUACUGUUAUAUUUAUACAAAAUCGAUAUAGAGCACAAAAAGCUAUGAAUGCUAUAAAAACAAAUUAUUUAAAUACUAGAAGUGCAGCUGUAGUUCUACAAACUAGAUACAGGGCACAGGUUGCAAUGAAAAAAGACUACAUUUACUAUACACAAUUGAAAAUAUCUACCAUUUUUAUUCAAAGAAAAUUCAGAGCAAACCGAGAAAUGCAGGUGCAAAAACAUGAAUAUUUGCAAUUAAAACAAACCGUGAUAUUAUUGCAAAAUAAAUUCAGAGCCAAAUUAGCAAUGAGAAAGGAUAGAAAUACGUUCAAUAAAUUAAAAUAUUACACUAUAAUAAUUCAGAAAAAAUUCAGAACAAAGUGUGUAAUUAGGAAAGCUAUGGCUGAAUUUAAAUUAUUGCGAGCCUCUGCUAUAGUUAUACAAAAUAGAUUUAGAGCACAAAGGGCUAUGCUGAGUGAUAGGAAUAAAUAUCAACUGCUUCUUAAAAGCGCAAUCAUCAUUCAAAGGAGGUAUAGAGCAAAAAAACUUAUGGAACAAUGUAUAAUCAAUUAUAAUAAAGAGAAAGAUUCCAUAAUAUAUAUUCAACGAAAAUGGAAAGCAACAUUAUUAAUGAGGGAAACAAAACUUAAAUACAUUUCUUGGAGAAAAUCAGCUUUGAUUAUCCAAAGGCAAUAUAGGGCCCAAAAACUUAUGAAAUCAGCAAGAGAGGAAUAUAUUUUACUUAAGGAAAGUGUAAUGAAAAUACAGACUAUGUACAGGACACAUUUGGCAAUGAAGAAAUGUUUCAUUCAAUACAAUUUGUUAAAAAAAUAUACCAUCUAUAUCCAACAAAAAUUUAGAGCUAAUCAAAUCAGUAAAAAAGUAAAAUAUGAAUAUGAUCUACAGAGAAAAGUUGCUAUUAAUAUACAGAGAAGAUAUAGAGCAAGUAAAGCAACAAUUGUGGCUAGACAUAAUUAUCUCGAGCUAAAGAAAAAAGUAAUCUUCAUUCAACGUUUGUGGAGAGCCAAAUUGGCUAUGAGGAAAGAGUUAUAUAAAUACAAAACUUUAAGAAGAACUGUGCUACGGAUGCAAAGAAUAUUUAGAAUGACUCAUGUAUUAAUACAUGAACACGAUCCCAAAUUACGAAGAGUGAUAUCAAUUUCAACUGUUAUUAAAAUACAGGCUUGGUGGAGAGCAGUUCAAGUAAGAAGAAAAAUGCCCACAAAAUUGAAAACCAUUAGAAAUAGACUGCACAAAGCAUGUAAGGAUCCUGAUCCAAUAUCAAUUGAAACAAAAUUUAACUGGGCUAUUGAAAUGAUAUUAUGUCAAACAAAAUGUGAAGAAACAGCUGUUUAUGAUGCUUUAGUUUCCGCCUCUCGUAUAUGUCCAAACUUAUUUGAAGCAUCUGCAAGAUUUUUAACAAUAAGUUUAUACAUAUCAAUCAUAAGUAACAACAGAUCCGUGCCAGAGCUAAUAAUUGCUGGAAAAUGUUCUGAAAUUCUUGUCAACUUGUCCAAACACCCAAAUACACUACAGUCUAUAUUAUCUGCUGAUCAAAUUCCAGAGUUACUUACUUCGGCAUCAAGAUUUUGUGAUAAGGAAAUACUUUUAUUUUGCAAUAUUUGCACUGUCUUAUGGACAUUUGGUCAGCAUGAAAAAUUCAAGUUGAUUGUAAAACGAGUCCUUAACAAAAACGAUUGCAAGAAAACUCUUCAAUUAAUUGCUAAAAAAGUUACAAGGCUCGAUAUUAUGCAAAACAAUUUAAGGAAAAAUAUAAAAUCAAAAGUAAAGAUGAUUGAGCCGCUCUUGGUUCCAGACUAUGGGCUCCCUAGGAAACAUCCAAGAACUUUCGCAAAUCCUAAAUUUGCAACACAAUGCUUAAUUAGAACUUUCAGUAUUCCAAUUGAAAUAUGAAAACUAAUAAACAACAUUGUAUCAGU